AUGGCGUCCGCAGUUAAGAAAGUGAACAAGAUCAGUCAAAUCGUAAGAUUGAAGCAGAUAAUGCUAAAAUGGAAGAAUCUCAGCAUCAAAAGACGAACAGUUCUCUCAUGCAUAGAUGAAAACCACCAUUCCGAUGAUUUCGAAACCGAUUUGUCCGGUCCAAUCACUCCUUCCGGUUCCGUCGCCGUCUACGUAGGCGAAGAACACCGCCGAUUCGUAAUCCCUACUCGAUUCCUCAACUUACCUGUCUUCGUCUCUCUCCUCGACCAAGCCGCUGAAGAGUUCGGAUUCAAGAGUAACCGAGGUCUGUCAUUACCUUGCGAGAUCCAUUUCUUUGAAAAAUUGAUCGAUUGUCUUGAAAAUGAUGAACUUACUUAUGCUGGAAUCGAAUUGGAAGGGUUCUUGGAGAUGUUUGUUGGAACUGGAGAUGAUUAUUGUAAUGAAUCGGUAAAUGGUGAUAAAAUUUCUACUCGGCUGCAGAAAAGUAGAGCUUAA